GGGGCCGCCUGGUGCGGGGCCGGGGCCGGUGGGGCGCAGAGGGAGGAGAUGGGGGGCGGGCGCAGAGGACGGCGGAGCCGGCCGGACACGGACAGCUCUGUCGCUCCCUCCCUCCGCUCAUCCUCGCGUUCCCACUUCCCUUCUUCCCUCUCUCAGAGCAGCAUCCUCUGCAGACCCUCGGUCCUCACGCCCAGGGUCGUCCCGCUCCCGCGGCUCGGCAUAAUUGCCUCCCCCUCCUCUGCCAAUCGGGCAACUUUCUCCGCCCGCGCCCCGGGGUCGAGGGAGGCUUUGCCUGGGGCUCACUGGGUGUCAGUCUCUCGAGGAGGGCUUCAGAGGUCCCAGAGAGACGCCCGCCACACGCAUCCUGCCCCAGCGGGCCUGCCGUCGGGUCUUGGCACCCUCUCUUCCCCUCUCCCCCAACCAUGACCGAAAUGAGCGAAAAGGAGAAUGAACCGGAUGGCGCGGCCACCCAUACCCCCCCAGGGACCGUCUCUGCCCUCCAAGAAACCAAGCUCCAGCGAUUCAGGCGCUCUCUCUCCCUCAAGACCAUCCUCCGAAGUAAGAGUGUGGAGAACUUCUUCCUUCGCUCAGGCUCUGAGCUCAAGUGCCCCACCGAGGUGCUGCUGACGCCCCCAACCCCCCUGCCCCCUCCCUCCCCACCACCCGCAUCCACGGAUGGGGGCUUGCCCACCCCAGCACCCUCUCCAUGUCCAGUCCCACGUCCCCUGGCACCACUCAAACCAGUGAGGUUGCACAGCUUCCAGGAACAUGUCUUCAAGAGAGCCAGCCCUUGUGAGCUGUGCCAUCAGUUCAUUGUGGGAAACUCCAAGCAGGGCUUGCGAUGUAAGACAUGCAAAGUCAGCGUCCACCUCUGGUGCUCUGAGGAAAUCUCCCACCAACAAUGCCCAGGCAAGACGUCCACCUCCUUCCGCCGCAACUUUAGCUCCCCACUCCUGGUGCAUGAGCCACCACCAGCCUGUGCCAUAAGCAGAGAGUCCCCACCCACGGGGGCCAGCGGGAAGGUGGAUCCCGUCUACGAGACCUUGCGCUAUGGCACCUCCCUGGCCCUGAUGAACCGCUCCAGCUUCAGCAGCACAUCUGAGUCUCCCACACGGAGCCUGAGUGAGCGAGAUGAGCUGACAGAGGAUGGGGAGGGCAGCAUCCGCAGCUCUGAGGAGGCGCCUGGUGACAGUGGCCCAGCUGAGAGUGAAGGGCCAGGACCAGAGGAGAAGAGCCCUGGACAGCAGCCACCCCAGCCUCCCCUGCGGAAGGAUGUGGGGCCCAUGUACUCCUAUGUUGCGCUCUACAAGUUUCUGCCCCAGGAGAACAAUGACCUGGCUCUGCAGCCUGGAGAUCGCAUCAUGCUUGUGGAUGACUCUAACGAGGACUGGUGGAAGGGCAAGAUCGGAGACCGGGUUGGCUUCUUCCCAGCCAAUUUUGUGCAACGGGUGAGACCAGGCGAGAAUGUUUGGCGCUGCUGCCAACCCUUCUCCGGGAAUAAGGAACAGGGUUACAUGAGCCUCAAGGAGAACCAAAUCUGUGUGGGCAUGGGCAGAAGCAAGGAUGCUGACGGCUUCAUCCGCGUCAGCAGCGGCAAGAAACGGGGCCUGGUGCCAGCCGACGCCCUGACCGAGAUCUAAGAGGAGCCAAGAGAACCCAAAUGCCACCCCUGCCCAUGCCCAGCCCUUGCCUCUGGCCCCGGGAGGGGAGCAGGCAUCCUUGCCCAUACCCUUCCUCCUCUGCCUCAUUCCUGGGUGCCAAGCAUCAUGGCUUAGGAGCCUUCUGUGCAGAGGAAGGUUUAUUUCUUGGGUAGGGCGACCUGAGUGGUUUGAUCCUCUGGGUCUUAGGGUGGAGGGAGGACAAAGUGGGAGGGAAUGAGGAAGCUGCAGACAGGUCCACCCAGUGCCCAGAUACCCCCAAUCCAAUUGCCAUAUUGGGUCCAGCCCUGGUGAGGGUUCCUGGGGGAACAUCGCUGCUGCUUCUUCCAGAAUCUUCCCCCGACACCACCUUUGCAUGCCUGACACACCUCUCUCCCCUCAGAGUCUCUGCUUGGGUCUACAUGUGUCUUCCCCUUUGCAAAUGGGGCCUUGAGAGGGGGCCUCUCUGUGUCCCUUGUCUCUCCAUCCUGGGCAGGGAGGCAAUGCCGGGCCACAUGGAAGGUCCUGAGUCCACCUCCUUGUCCCACCACCUCUGUCACUCUGUCAAUUCUCAGGAAAGUUCUGCAGGAACCUCUCCCAUUACUUGAAACUUGGGCCGACAAAGGGGGGGAGGGCUGAGAUCCCCAGAGGGUGUGACAAAUUAAGAGACUGUCCCUUCAAGUAAAACAACCAUUACCACAGAACAGCCUCAUCUUACCCUUGUCCACCAGAAGAGGGUACCUGGGAGCAGCCAGGACACAGAAAACCAGUUGAGAGCAAACACCGGCCUAUAUUUUAUCUAAACAAGCCCAUUUCAGGGGACUCAUUUUUUCCCAAAAGCCCCCAAGCAUGUGGGAAAACCAGCCAGGGGAGCCUGUUAUUGUCAGUUCCUGUCCCAGGCCUCACCAAGGCCAAGCCACUCUAGGAGCCCAACCCUCAGGGUGACCUUCCUUACCCCCUCUCUCUGGGCUCUACAGGGACCAGGGCUGCUGCUGCAAGAGCCCCUUUUCUGGCUGUAUCUGCUCCUUUGUCCUGGACACAGAGCCCUGGGAAGAAGAUGGGGUGGAAGACAGAGAAGGAAGUGGAAUAUUCUGUUUGGUCCCCAGGAAAGGAAGGGAGU